CACACACACACACACACACACACACACACACACACACACAUCAUGGACAACCUCGGGCCCCAGUCUGGCAACAUGCACGCCGGCACACAGAACACCCGCCUGUCCCCUGGCUCAGGCAGCCCAGCCCAUGACAGCAACGGCAUGGACGGCCUUGCAACAGCAGCGGCAAACACAAGCUUCGGCGCCGCCUCCUCCCCCAAGAAGCCCUCCACGCUCGCCCAGGAGAACCGCGCGCACAUGCAGCACAUGCAGUACACCCAGUACCGCGCGCAACACCAGCAGCCGGCAGCCAGCGUGUCCCCGCUCAUGCUCAACAACAUCCGCCCAGCGUCCACCAGCCUCCUGGACGGCUACGACGACGACGACGCGCAACACAACACACAGCACGGCCACAACAGUCACCUGCAGUCCUCAGCACAGCGGUCCGCCUCCGCUGUCGUCCUCUCCCACCCCUCCUCCUCAUCGGCGAACGCGACAUCAGCCAUGAACACAAGCGGGCAGCUGCACCAGUCAACAACAUCAAGCACCAGCGAGCACACCAAGUCCUCCGCAUCCUCCUCGCCGCUGCCGCUCAGCCCACCCUCCCCGCAAACACACACGGCUCGCACCCUCGUCAGCUUGGCAAACCCAACGCCAACAACGCCAACGCGCCAGCUGCCCACAUCGGGCGCUGCCCCGUUUUCCGUGCCUGCAGGCAACCACGCCAUGGCUGGUGGUGGUGGUGACGAUGCCGCCGCCGCAACGGCCGCAACCACCAUCGCAGUCACGACCAUGGCCUCUGUCGACGCUUCCCUGCCCACGAAGCGUGCCAAGCAGCAGCUCUCCGCCUUUCCAACCCUCAACAGCAAAAGCACGGCCACGCCGCCGUCUGUGACCGCACCCUCCACAACAACUCCCGCCAGCAAAAAGAAGACCACCACCUCCACAACAACAACGUCGAGCACACGGCGCAAGAAGCAGGGCAAGAAGCCCAAGCGCGCCGCCACAUCCCCGUUCCGCCGCCGCCGCCCAAACACGGCGCGCCGUGGGCAGUGCCGGAACUUUGUCUGCAAGGACUGCGGCAAGGCCUUCAAGCACAAGACCCACUUUACCCGCCACGUCUUUACUCACAACAACCCGCCCACCUUCGUCUGCGGCUACACGCUCAGCAACGGCCAGCCUUGCCAGCAGGGAUUCUACCGCCGCGACCACUACGAGUACCACUGCCGCCAGCACACGGGCGAAAAGCCCUUUGAGUGUCAGGUCAAGGACUGCGGCCAGUCCUUUCGCCAAGCCAGCGCGCUUCGGCGCCACAUGCAGCGCAUCCACAAGGGCGUCGCCUCCAAGUCGUCGUCCUCCUCGUCCUCCUCGGCAUCUGCUGCAGCGGCCUCGGGCACAAAGCAAGCUGCCCCCGCCAAGGGCAACAGGAAGCCCAGGCGGAAGGCUGGCAGCAACAAGGCAGCCGCUACAGGCCCCGCUCCUCGCCCACCCGCACAUGUGCCGCACCAGCAUUCAGACGCGACUGCGCAGGCAAACAUGGCAAACCUUGCCAUGUUCCAGCAACUCUGCAAUCUGCAGCAGCAGCCACAGCAGCAGCAGCAACAGCUAAACGCGCGGAGCUCGUUCCCACGCCCCUUGCCCCUCAACUCGUCUUCCUCCUCCGCCUCUUCUUCGAGAACGCCCUUGUCGGCCAACAACACCGCUGCUGCACCCUCCCUCUCGGCUGACUUCCUGGCACAGCUCAUGCAGCAGAUGGUGGCCUCAACCCAGGCGCAAGUGGCGACGUCGAGCAACGCCGUUGCUGCAGGCCCGCCGCCGCCACCACCACCUCCGCAGGCACAGCCAGCGACCGUUGCAAUGCAACAGCCAGAGCAGGAUCAGGGCAGCUUGGAUAUCCGCUUGCUUGGCCAGCUGCUCAGCGACGUGCUGCAAGGCCAAACUGGCCCUGCCAACGCCAUGCAGCAACAGCAGCAGCAGCAGCAACAGCAGCGUGUGUCUGCUUCUGGUGCUGUGAACAGCGCCGCGUACCAAGUGGCGGCGGCGCAGCAACAGCAGCAGCAGCAGCAGCAACAGCAUGGUGGUGAGCCGCUGCCCCUGAACAUGCCCUUCAUGCCCACGAUGGCCCGCAACCAGGCUCAGCCUCAGAACAGCAACCACGGCCAAGCCUGCACCUCUUCGGCGGCUGCCUACAGCGCGAUGGCCAGCAAUGCUGGGGCUGCGUUUACACGCCAAAGCCACCAGCGCUUUGCCGAACAGGCUCCACCACACCCCUAUCAUCAUCAGCAGCAGCAUCAGCAUCAGCAGCAACAGCAGCCAAACAUGAACUCCCUACAGCAGUACCUGGCCGCUUCCAUGCAGACGCCACCGCGCCGAGCAUCUGCGGCGACCUCCUUUGAUCUGAGCUUUCUGAACAUGCCGCCGCAAACCCCGCCACGCCCCAUUUUGCAGCUGACGGUGUCGUCGUCUCCAUCUGGGUAG